GAUCAAACCAGUCAGUCUCGGUCAGAACGCUGAUUCGAUCGGACGCGCAUGACGAGUUAGAAGCACUCCGAGCUUCCCGUGACGGCGCGUCGGAAAAUGAGGAUCGUGAGAUGACCAAAAAUUAUUCCUUGUGGCAACGAUUCCAAUAUUCUGGCUAUGCAGCAGAUUUAUCAAGUUAUGAUGAAGUCAUCAGUGAUAGUCGGCGGAUAUUUGAUCCUGUCUUUCGGUCUGCUCGUGAUUAGUGGUAGUGAAGUGAAUUCGAAUCUACAGAAGAGCAAGUUUCAGCAAUAUUCGGAUGAGGGUGAUUUGCUGCCGAAUUCCUCUGGACGGACGGAUCGGUCGCUGAGUGCCGACAGUGACGGUAGCAAAACCGGUACCUUUGACGAUGACAGCACAAGCACCGAUGAUGCAUUUAGUUAUGCAGAUCGGGUGCUUUUGGAGGCACUGCCAAAUGUCAUCGGCAGUCUGGAAGGCAGCGGAUGCCGAAGAGAUUUAAAUUUGACACUGGAUGCAGUGCGGAGAAGGGAGCUGUGGGGCAUGGCAAUGUUCGACUCAUCGGUCAAGUCAACGGUUGGCAUCGAACAUGGUAACGUAUUCCAGUUGGGGCACUUCGACCAGUGUAUGGGCAUCAACGGCCUCCAGCAGGCCAGCAUUAUCGCGCAGUUCUGUCUGGCGACCGUCAGGAUUGAUGGAUACCAGCAGCGUACCUUGGUAUCCCGGAAGGAACCGCAUCCACGGAACUAUUCGCAAGUGCACUGGGGGUUGUGUGUUCCUGCUUCAUGCUCGGAAACGGAUGUUGCCGCACUGCUGAGCAAGACUACGGGCCUUCGCAGUGUCUCGAUUCCGGCAAAGGGUUGUCAUCGCGAUCGGGCAACGGUUACUUCGAUUAACGAUGUAAUCUUUCUUUCGGUGAUUUUCUUCUUCGUGUUGAUGGUAGUGCUCAGCACUUUGUACCAUCUGCAGUCCAUGUAUAGUUGCCGUGCAACGAAGGAAAAUGUUUAUGAUCAGGUGUUCAAAUCGUUUUCCAUUGUGGAGAACCUCCGGAAGCUGGGGCAGGAUAGUAAGGACGAUUACGGACUUGGUUGUAUCAACGGGAUAAAGGCACUGUCGAUGGUGUUCAUACUCGGUGGGCACGCUCUGCUGUUCAUCGUUGGAGGGGCAUUGUACAAUCCAGGCUUUUACGGAGAGCAAGUCAAACUACUCCGUAAUGCAAUUUUGCUGAAUUCACCGCUCCUGGUGGAUACCUUCCUACUGCUGAGUGGAUUUCUAUUCGCACGUUUGCUCCUGAUCGAGCUGGACAAGCGCCGGGGGAAAGUCAACUUCGUCUUGAUUUACAUCUUCCGGUACAUUAGGUUGACGCCAGCGUAUGCCGCCAUGAUUGCCCUGUACGCGACCUGGUUGCCACGACUCGGCAGUGGUCCUCUGUGGGACCGACGGAUGGCGCUAGAACAGUCGCGCUGUCAGGCUAGCUGGUGGCGCAAUAUCCUCUACAUCAACAACUACAUCGGGACGGAUCAACUGUGCAUGUUCCAGUCGUGGUAUCUGGCCACGGAUACGCAGCUGUUCGUGCUGGCACCACUGCUACUGUAUCCAAUGUGGACGCUCAGGCGACGAACGGGACUGACACUGGUCAGCGCCGUAGGAUUGAUAUCCGUGGUGAUUCCUUUCUGUGUGACGUACUACGGUCAGCUGGAUCCGUCGUUGAUGUAUUUCAUCGAUGAGCUGGAUGACAUCCAAGGGAACCCCUAUUUCGCUAAUGUUUACGUCAAGACCCACAUGCGGGCAACGGCGUACAUUUUUGGAAUACUUGCUGGUUACUUGGUUCAUUUGAUGCAGGAAACGAACUUUACGAUCGGUAGACGAACGGUGGCUUUCCUGUGGAUCGUUUCCACCAUCGUAGGAUCGGCGUCGAUGUUUGGCGUCUCGCUAUUCUACAAUUCGUUUGGAACGGAAAACUAUCUGUACAAUGCACUGUACGCCGCCCUGCACCGUCUUGGGUGGAGUUUGUCCAAUGGAUGGCUGGUUUUGGCGUGUGUCACCGGACAUGCCGGACCACUGAAAAGGCUACUGUCGGCCAGGGUACUUAUUCCGUUGAGUCGGCUUACGUACUGUGCCUAUCUUACCAAUGGACUUGUGGAACUGUACAUCAGUGCAUCUCAGCGGGUGCCGCUCUAUUCCAGCAUCGUCGGACUGACGGCCGUCACCCUGUCGCACGUGUUUCUCACCUUCCUGGCGGCAUUGGGUCUCUGCCUGAUGUUCGAAUCGCCUAUCCACGGCAUCGAGAAGAUUUUUCUUAGGAGGCAGCGUCAGCCGCAGCAACAGCAGCAGCACCGCUCGGAAAAGACCACCGAUGCCUGCAGUCGUAGCACAAACGACACCCACAGUACUUCGGAUGAUUCGAUCGCGUAGCCUGGCUUCGGCCCGAGGUUUCAAGAUAAGAAAAGCGGGAUAUUCUGUUUUCUUUUGUGAAUAAGAAUGAGGUACCUUAUAGUCGUAAAACUCCUAGCUUGUAA